CCACGUAUCAACCAGGUUCGGGCUCUUCGACGAGUUGUUUUUCGGCAUGGGGAUACUAUUAUCUCUGCGAAGACUGGUUUUGGGAAGAGCAUCAUCUUCCAUGCUAUCCCAAUCUUUAUUGGCAGAAUUGUCAUCCAGUUGAUUCCUUUAAGCAAGCUUGGAGAGGAGCAGAAGAGGUCGAUUGAACAGUUACCAGGGGCCAGGCCUUCCCUUGUUACAGCGGAGACUAAGCGAAGGAAUCCGAACCUGUUAAAGGAGAUUGCAGCUGGGAUAUAUACCCAUAUCUUGAUGGGUCCUGAGCAAGCAGUUAGCGAUGAGUUUCGUGGUUUGCUGUUAAGCCCCGACGUAAAGAAUAGGAUUGGUGUGGUUGCAAUUGACGAGCUCCAUGUUAUGGAGCAAUGGAAGGAAUUCCGGUUGGAAUAUCUCAAAAUCAGGGAAUUACGACGGUACUUACGUGCUGAUACCAUCUGGUUUGGUUGUUCUGCCACUUUGAACAAGGCCACAGAACAAGCUGUUAUCUAUUAUGGUGGUUUCUACGAAGAGACACACCAUGAACUGCCACUCAAGAUCAUCCGAGUCUCAAUCGAUCGACCUGAUAUCUCACUUAACAUUUUGCCCAUUAAGAGAGGAAAGAGCAAGGCUUACCAACGGCUAUGGUUUCUAGUUGAUCAUGCAUUAGAGCAUCCAACUAGUAGGACGGAAGACGACCUCCAGCGAAUCCCGAAAACGAUUAUCUUUGUAGAUGGACUUCAAUCGGUAGCGAAUAUCUCUGCAUCCUUAGAGCGGCAUCUCUUUGUUCAAGGGUUUGAACCAACCAUGGUUCGGGAUGCAAUUGGUGUAUAUACAUCGAAUACUCCACGAUACGAUCAGGACUUGCUGUACGAUAAGAUCAGAUCCCCA